CAGGCCUGUCUCCCGCUCGUCUGGACUACAGGGCUCUGAUGCUGGAGCGCAGUGGUGUUUCUGAGACGCUGGUGAUGUCUCUGGCUCUGAUGGAGGAGCAGCUUCCGGUCAAACUGUGUCUCCUGCAGACGCUGCAGAUCCUGUCCAGAGCAUCAGAAGUCAACUGUAACCUGAUGCUGAGAGCUCAGGCUGCGCAGAAGAUCUGCUUCCACAUGAGCGAAGGAGAUCCGUCCGGAGAGCUGCUCUUCAGAUCCUCCGAGAUCCUGUGGAACCUGCUGGAGAACGGCUCCCGACAGGAAGUGACCUCACAGCUCAGCAGCAGCGACUGCAUCGCAUCUCUGAAGGACGUGUUUCUCCAUCUGCUCCUGAAGGGUUUCCGUCAUCACGAGCAUCAGCUGAGGAACGACCUGCUGGUGCUGCUGUCUCUGAUCGCGGAGAAGCCCGGCGCUCCUCUGAUCGAGAGCGGCUUCCUCAAGCAUCUCACACCGUUCCUCACGUUUCCCGAGCUGAAGAGCCACAAUCCUCUGGUGAGAAACCUCAAGCUGUCCUUCAGCCAGGAGGACUUUGAGAUGAAGAAGCUGCUGCUGAACAUGAUCGUGGUGCUGUCGAGAGAUCUGGCUGCGCUGCAGUUGUUCAGAGAGGGCCGUGUGAUGCUGGCUCUGAUGCUGCUGGUGAAGCCGAGCUCGUCUGCGGAGCGCAGCCGCAGACACAGACACAGAUGGAGCUCCAGACAGCAGGAGGAGCUGCAGCUGCAGGCUCUGUCCACACUGAGCGCUCUCGCUCCGCUGAUGCUGGAUGAAUACAUGAGCUGUCAGGCCAACACCUGUCUGCUGCUGCUGCUGGACUGCUGCCUGCAGGACGACUCCUUCAGUGGGCGGGGUCACGGUUUCCACGGCAGCGGCGGCGGGAGGAGGGCUCAGCUGCGCUACUGUGUGCGUGUGCUCAGAUCCGUGGCGUCUGUGGAGCACGAGCCGCUCCUGCAGGACCUGUGCGAUCAGGGCGCCAUCGGCCAGCUCUUGGGUGUGCUGCGCUGGUUCCUGGGGAGGCCGCAGGACGAGGACGCUGUGGCUCUGGAGAUCCAGACGGACUCUCUGUUCCUGCUGUCUGUGCUCUGUGAGGGAGACGUGCACAGGAAGGAGCUGUUCGGGACUGACGGGGUGGAGGUGCUGAUCCAGUAUCUGAGUCUGGACGCCGCGCUGGUCUCCAGCGGUCUGGGUCAUAAUAAACUGCUGCUGUCCACCGUCGACUGUCUUUGGUCGUGUGUGCUGGGGUGUUUCGGUACGGAGGAUGUGUUCGUGGCCGGCGGCGGCGUGGAUCUGCUGCUGCAGCUGCUGCAGCGGAGCCCCAGACACAUGCUGACGCCGCUCGUGUCCGUGCUGCUGGAGCUGUGUGAGAGUCCCCAGGCCGUCACACACCUGCUGCGCUGGAGCGGAGAGAGAGACGCCAGCGCGCCGCAGCUGCUGCUGCACAUCUGGAGGAGAGAGGAGGAGCAGACGGGCGUCUCACGAGACCCACACGGCAUGAUCACAGACGUGAAGCGGCCGAUUGUCUCUCGGCAUCAGGAUGAAUCUUCAUCAUCAUCAUCAUCACAUGACGUCAGUGCUGCUGUCAGAGACGUAUCAGAAAACCUGCGUGCAAACAUCUACUGCAUCUUCUGCAAACUGGUCAAAAACAAGCGAUUGACACCAAGUUUAAACCGUAAAUGA